ACAUAAAUCUGACCAACAGCACAAGCAUCUCAAUUUGAAUCCACAAAGUUUUGGAUAAUGAAAAGAAAUACAUAAUUUUAAUUCAACCCAAGUGUUUUCCAAGCAGAUUAUAUUUGCUUAAAUUGCUACAGUAAUUCAAGGACAGCCUUGUCUGGACACACAGUUACUGUGGAUUUUUAAGAGACUCAGUUAAAGAAUUUAGGAAUAUCUGAAUCAGUUUACAGGAUUUGCAAAUUCAUCAACCCCUGAAAACUAAAGCAAACUCAACAGGACAAAAAAAGAACAUGGGCUUUUUAAGUCCAGCAUGUGUCCUUUUCCUCUUUUUUGGAGUCAAAGUAUAUUGCCAAUAUGAAAAUUAUCAAUGGGAUGAAGAUUAUGAUCAAGACCCAGAUGAUGUCUACCAACCAGAAUUCCAAUUUCAUCCAAAUGAGGACUUUCAAGUUCCUUUUCAUCAGCAUGUGUUAGGCUGUGCCACUGAAUGCUUCUGUCCACCCAACUUUCCAUCAUCAAUGUACUGUGAAAAUCGAAAACUCAAGACUAUCCCGCGUGUCCCAGCACACAUACAGCAGGUCUACCUUCAAUUCAAUGAAAUUGAGGCUGUGACUGCAGAUUCAUUCAUCAAUGCAACUCAUCUUAAGGAAAUCAACCUCAGCCACAACAAAAUUACAACUCAAAAGAUUGAUCAUGGUGUGUUUGCUAAAUUGUCAAAUCUACUACAACUUCACCUGCAGCAUAACAAUCUAGAAGAAUUUCCAUUUCCUCUCCCUAAGUCUUUGGAAAGACUUCUUCUUGGCUACAAUGAGAUCUCCAGGUUGCAGACGAAUGCCAUGGAUGGGCUAGUAAACUUGACAAUGCUUGAUCUCUGUUAUAAUCAUCUUGAGGAUUCCAUGUUACAAGAAAAGAUACUUGCCAAAAUGGAAAAAUUAAUGCAGCUCAACCUAUGUAAUAACAGAUUAGAAUCAAUGCCUCCUGGUCUGCCUUCUUCGCUUAUGUACCUGUCUUUAGAAAAUAAUUCAAUUUCUUCUAUACCAGAAAAUUACUUCAAUGAACUUCCCAAACUUCAGGCUCUACGAAUGUCACACAACAAACUACAAGACAUCCCAUAUAACAUUUUUAAUCUUUCCAACCUUAUAGAGCUCAAUGUUGGACACAACAAACUGAAGCAAGCAUUCUAUAUUCCAAGAAAUUUACAACACCUAUACUUAGAAAAUAAUGAAAUUGAAAAUAUCAAUGUUACAGUGAUGUGUCCAUCUGUUGACCCACUGCAUUACCACCACUUAACGUACAUUCGUAUGGACCAAAAUAAGUUAAAAGAGCCAAUAAGCUCAUAUGUUUCCCUCUGCUUCCCUCAUAUACACACUAUUUAUUAUGGUGAGCAAAGAAGCACUAAUGGUCAAACAAUACAACUGAAGACCCAAGUUUUCAGGAGAUUUCAGGAUGAUGCUGAUAGUGAAGAACAUGAUGAUCACCAAGAAAGUCCAGAACAAGAAGCAACAGAAGAAAAUACUGACCCUCACUACUAUGGAAGUCAAGAAUGGCAAGAAACAAUAUAGGUAUACAUUUACGAUUUUAUACAAUAUUAUUAUUCAAUAUUAAUUUAAUUAAACA